UUCAGAAAUCUGAUAGCAGAGGGGAAGAAGCUGUUACUAAAUUGUUGAGAGUGGGUCUACAGGCUCUUGUACCUCCUCAGUGAUGGCAGUAAUGAGAAGAGGGCAUGUCCUGGAUGCUCAGAGUGCUUAGUGGCAAAUGCUGCCUUUUGAAGAUCUCCUAGAUGGUGGGGAGGGCUGUGCCUGUGAAGGAGCUGGCUGUAUCUGCAACCCUUUGCAGCCUUGUACCUGUGCACUGAAGCUUCCACACCAGGCUCUGAUGCAAUUAUGGCAUGGAAAUUAUUGGAGGUCGUGAAGUGAAACACAAUUCUAAACCUUAUAUGGUAUCAAUCCAAAAAGCUAAAGGCAAAGGGUAUCAACAUGUCUGUGGAGGUACUCUGAUCAAUAAAAACUGGGUACUGACUGCAGCCCACUGUAAAAAAUCACUAGGAAAUCAACCUCGAGUUGUUCUCGGGACGCUUUCCCUUUCACGGAAUGGAAAACAUCAACAGAAUAUUACUGUUCAAGACAAAGAAGCUCAUCCUGACUUCAAUGGUAAAACUCCGGAAAAUGAUAUCAUGCUAUUGAAAUUGCAGAAAAGUGCAGUGAUCAACAAAUAUGUGAAGGUACUUAAACUUCCGAAAGUUAAGAUCACCGAUGUGAAACCUGGAACAAAAUGCACGGUGGCAGGAUGGGGAAAAACAAGUUCAUGCUCCGAAAAUGCAUCCGACACACUUCAGGAGGUGAAACUAGAAGUUAUAGAUCGCAAAAAAUGUAACAGGGAAGAUUAUUUAAAUCACAGUCCUGAAGUAACCCAGGACAUGAUCUGUGUUGGUGACAGCAAGGGCAGAGGAGAUUCAUGUCAGGGUGAUUCAGGCGGCCCUUUGAUAUGCAACAAGAUGUUUAGAGGGAUUGUGUCCUAUGGAAAGGAAUGUGCAGAUCCCAAGAAACCUGGGAUUUACACUUUACUGACAAAGAAAUACCUUGACUGGAUUCAGAAAACGAUUGGUGUGCAAGUUUAUAAUGUAACCGCUGAAGAUCUGUAUUGAGUAA